UGCUACACGCUUACUUUCGGUUUUGUUUUUGGGAACAACACACGCACGCAGCAAAGUUCGCCAUAAUUCAAGAUGGCUCCUGUAAUUUUUGUUGCCACUAUAAUUUUUGCAUGGAUUAUGUACAUAUGGGAAACUUAUUUAUCCUAUAGACAGCAUCAAGUUUAUGUCAACACAGAUGAUAUACCCUCUGAAUUAAAAGAUACAUUGGAUAGAAAGACUUUCGAAAAAUCACGCUUAUAUCAAGUGGACCGUUCUAAAUUUGGCUUUGUAUCUUCACUUUACUCCCAAAUAGAAUCAACACUUAUUUUGUGCUUGUAUGGUAUUCCAUAUUUAUGGGCUGUGGCAGGCUCUAUAAACGGUUCUUUUGGAUUGGAUUCAUCUCAUGAGAUUAAACAGUCGAUCACAUUUCUUUUGCUUGCAACUGUUUUCAGUACAGUUACAAGCUUGCCCUGGAGUCUCUACUCCACAUUUGUAAUUGAAGAACGUCAUGGCUUCAAUAAGCAGACUCUUGGAUUUUAUUUUAAAGACUUGUUAAAAAAACAGUUAGUGUCACUGGCAAUCGCUAUUCCUGUUAUAUCGAUACUCUUGUGGAUCAUUAAAUGGGGUGGAUCAUAUUUCUUCGUGUAUGCAUGGUUGUUCGCGUUGGUUGUAUCUCUGUUUUUCAUCGCUAUAUAUCACGAUUACAUAGCUCCUCUGUUCGAUCGGUUUAUACCUCUCCCUGAUGGUGAAUUACGUUCAUCUAUUGAGAAGCUUGCAAAACGAAUUGAAUUUCCUUUGUCAAAAAUCUUUGUGGUGGAAGGAUCGAAGAGAUCAUCCCAUAGUAAUGCGUAUUUCUUUGGUUUUUACAAGAAAAAGGUCAUAGUUUUAUUUGACACUCUGUUGAAAGAAAGUCCUUUUGAAGCAGAACGAAAGAAAGAAGAAGAAGAAAAGAAGAGCAAGAAAGAAGAGAAUGAUAAACUAGUUGAGGAUGUUAAAGCCGACAUUCUGGACACUGAUGAUGGUGACGGAAAAGAUAAAGAUGAUGAAAAGGACGAAGCGCCGAAGGAAGAAAAAGGUUGCAGUAACGAAGAAAUCUUAGCAAUUUUAGGACACGAAUUAGGACACUGGAAAUUAAACCAUAUUUUAAAAAAUCUAGCAAUAAGCCAAGGGAAUCUUUUAUUUUCAUUUUUCGUGUUUGGUCUACUGAUGCACAACGAUGUUCUUUAUGAAAGCUUUGGAUUUUAUGGUGAACGACCAACUUUGAUUGGAUUGCUGAUUAUAUUCCAGUUCAUAUUUUCCCCAUACAACGAGUUGGUUGGUUUUCUGAUGACAGUCCUGAGUCGCCGGUUUGAGUUUCAAGCGGACGAUUUUGGCAAAAGUUUAGGUUUUGCGUCCCAACUUCAGACUGCGUUGAUGAUACUUCACAAAGAAAACCUUGGUUUUCCUGUCGCUGAUAGUUUAUAUUCGGCGUAUCACUAUUCUCAUCCGCCACUGUUAGAAAGGCUUCGGGCGUUAAAAGUGAAAGUAGAGUGACGAAUAUUGUAGUAUUUAACUCGCUUAUUCGGACAAAAUUCAGCCGAACUGAAUAAUGUGGUCAAAGCAUUUUAGCCAUUCCGGAAAUAAUGAGAGCCACCGAUUGGCCCAAUUCUUUUAUCCCUUCAUAUAACUAUCAACAUUAAAAAAAAUAGGAUAAAAGUAGGAUUAUGAUAUAAAUGAAAACAAGACGUACAGCUUGUUUCGGCCAUUAUUUUCAUAUCAUUUCCUACGUUUUAGGUUUCAAAGAAUGUAAUCCACUCCAAGUAUUCUAUAGGCAAUCGCCAAAACAGAUCCACGCCAAAUUUUGUCCGAAUAACGUACUUAUUUCUGUUGAUAAAUUAGUAAACAAAA